CAUUGUAGCAUUCACACUGCCUUUCUAACAAUGGGUUAAUUCAGCAUGGCUGCAUUUGCGCAGAGAGUAACAACACACACCUCCCCAUCACAGCUGGAGCGUUACCACCAAGCGUUGCUACGGACUCGCAGUAAGCGCAGUUUUAAUAUGGACCUGCCCGAACCCAUACGAAGACGGCUAGGGGAUUUCUCCAGGACCGUUUUCGUGGACCAGAGUCGUACGCAACCCUCCCCUGGAGAGCACGCAAAUUUUCUAAGCGAGGAUAAAGAUGUAAUAUCCAGUCUUCCUCUUCAGAUGUCACUUUACUUUAACAUGUGGUUCUUUCCAUUCUGGUGGAUUAGUGAGGUUGUCAUGCUCCAACUGAAGUAUCCAGCUCUCGUUGAUUAUUACAAGUUCAUCCUGAUAACUAUCCUUAUUUUAAUGACCCUCAUUGAGGCGAUCAGACUCUACCUGGGCCAUGUUGGAAAUCUGCAAGAGAAGGUUCCAGAAUUGGCUGGAUUUUGGUUGUUGACUCUCCUUUUGCAGUUUCCUCUGGUUCUCUUUCAGCUGUUCAAUGAGGCGAUUCUCAUUCAGCCUCUGGAGAGAGGAGUUCAUAUUAUACUGGCCUUGUUUAUCUUUGCAGAGGCUCUUUUUGGCUUUGUUGCCUUGCGUGCGAUGGUUCGACACACUGAAAGUCGUUUUCAUUUGAGACAGUUUCAUGGGAUUCAGGAAUUAAGAACAUAACGCUGGACGCCAAUACGGAUGAUCUUGAUAAAACACUUUUGUUACAUAAAUACACACUGUAAAAGUGGUUGCAUUAGAAUUUUGAGUUAAUUCAACUUUUUUGAGUUAACUUAUAUUUUUAAAUUGAAUACUUAUUUAAGGCAACCAGGUAACUUACUUUUUUAAGUUGGACCAACAAAUCUUUUUUUUACU